UGAAGCGCAAGGGGUUUUAGCUAAUUCCCUAUUUGCUCAACCUCUCGCUCUGCACAUGACUCCUCAUUUUCUUCCUUCAUUCUUAUGAAUCCUUCCUUCUCGCAUGGAGCUUCUUUAUCCCAUCUUCUCUUCUCCCUCUUCAAUAACCACUCCUUCCGCUUCACUCUUCCCUGCCAAAUUUCCAAUUCUAAAUUGCCAUAACAAAACCCAAUUCAGGAUUCAACCACCCGCCUCCAAAUUUUACAGAUACUCAACUUUUAAUCUUCCAAGAUGUAGAACAAACUUGAUAGUUUUCGCUAAUUUCCAUCGUCCCACCAGACGCGGCAACUCGCUUCGGAAGAAACUCACCCAGGAGCAACAGGUACGUCGAAUUCCCAUUCCCGACAAUUCAAAUCCUGAUUUUCAAUUGCGUGAACGAAUUUCUGAUCAUAGUGAGACUGCCAGUCGUGUUGGUGGUGAUGUUAGUGAUAAUACUGUUGAAACAAAACCGAAAGGUUUAGGUGAAUCUGUUUUGUGGAAUAGAUUAGAGAAUUGGGUUGAUCAAUAUAAGCAAGAUAUUGAGUUUUGGGGGAUUGGUUCUAGUCCUAUAUUUACGAUAUUUCAAGACUCUGAUGGGAAUGUCAAAUGGGUUUCUAUUAAUGAGGAUGAAAUCUUAGCGAGAAGUCAAGUUGAGAGAGUUGAUUUGGAUGACACAAGUGGAGUGAACCAUAAAAUCUCGGCUGCGAGAAGGAUUGCAAGAGAAAUGGAGAGUGGGAAGAAUGUGCUUCCAAGGAAUAGUUCAGUCGCCAAGUUUGUAAUUGAAGGAGAUGAUCAAUCUACUGUUCUGAAAGCUGCUCAGGGUUUCAGUUUUAGGCCUGAGGUUUUUACCAAGUUUUCACGAGCUGGGGGUUUAGUUCUAUGUAGUUUUCUCUUACUUUUUUCUUUGAAGAAAUUGUUCACUUUCAAAAAGGAGGAGGUUGAGUAUAGCGAAUUCGAGAAGGAAAUGAUGAGGAGAAAGAUCAAAUCUAGAAAAGGGAAAGAGGUGUUGGAGAAUGGUAGAGUUGAAGUUAUUCAUGAACGUGCAGAACCACCUAAGGUGUCAUUUGAAAAGCCCAAAUUAGAUAAGCAAGAACUUAUGCGUACUAUAGCAAAAGAAAAAUCGAAAGCGUCAGCUACCAAUCUAGUUUUAGUUGAGUCUACGGAAGUUCGGAAUGAAAGUGUUGUAGAUUUGAGUAACAAAAUUCAGGAAAUAAGAGAGAUGGCACGCGAUGCACGGGAACUUGAGGCACGAGAAGACCCCUUUUCUGUUUCUGAUGAAAGCAAUAUCUUGAAUGGAAAAUUGCCAAAGGAAGAUGACAUCGUUGAACAUACAGAUGAAGGUUCCUGUUUUCCGGCUGAUGUUUUAGCACAGGAUGAGCAUGUGCUUGAAAGUGUUGAGAGUGAGCUCCCACACAGUGUAGCUUCUGAAGAGACAAAGGAUUUGCAAGUAUCUAGCACGUCAAGCGUGGAAGUGCCACUUAAUGGCUAUAGCACCUCAUGGGAUGUUAAAGAUUGUAAGACUUCUUUAGGAGUUAUGGAUACAACGCAAUCUGAAACUUACUGUGAUACCGAGAAACUAAAAACAGAUUCCGAACAAAAGAAACUAAAAAUCUUGAGAACAGUGAAGGAAGCUAGGGAGUAUCUCUCUGAAAAACAACGAAAACAAAUGGCUGAUGAGAAAAUUCAAGGCGUAACUGCACAAGAAUGUCCUGCUGCUCCAGGGCUUUCAAAUGAUAACACAUUGGAAAAUGUGGUGAACAAGGAAGCAGAUUCAAAAAAUAUACUGUUCAAAUCUUCCUUUUCAUUUGAGGCAUUAGAUUCGUCAUCUUUGAUUAGUGACAAUGUUGAUUCAGCACACAGUGAUAAAAGUUCCAUCUCGCUCGAGGAUGACCGCUCUAAAAGUUCUGUGGAAGGAGGACCCUCAGUAGGCGGCAGUCAAGAGCUCCACAAGUCCUUGGAUCGUGAAAGCAAUGAUCGUGAUGCAGAAACCAUGCCGUAUGGAGAAACAAAGAACUGGAUGGAAGAUAAUUUUGAUGAACUUGAGCCUUUUGUUAAGAAGAUUGGAGUUGGCUUUAGAGAUAACUAUAUGGUUGCUAGAGAGAAAGGUGAACAGCAAUCUGAUGCCAUUUCUACAUUUGCACAACUUGAGUAUGAAAAUGACAAUGAAGAGGAGCUUGAGUGGAUGAAAGACGACAACCUUAGAGAUAUUGUUUUUAAGGUUAGAGAAAAUGAACUAUCGAACCGAGAUCCAUUCUAUUCAAUGGAUCCAGAGGAAAAGCGUACGUUCUUUAAGGGUCUUGAGAAGAAAGUCGAGAGAGAGAAUGAAAAGCUGUUGAAGUUGCAUAAGUGGCUCCACUCCAGCAUUGAAAAUCUUGACUAUGGAGCAGAUGGCAUCAGUAUAUACGAUCCACCCGAAAAAAUCAUUCCCCGUUGGAAGGGUCCUCCUUUAGAAAAGAACCCUGAGUUCAUCAAUGACUUCCUGGAGCAAAGAAAGGAAAUUUUCGCUGUGAAAGCUGGUCUGCCUCUUUCUACGAAUAAAGACGAGCAGAAGUCUUCUAAUCCCGAUGGUAGCAUUGAGAAUAUCAAUGAUCCCAAUAUGCCAAUUCAUAACGAAGAACGGAAAGAUUCUACGACAAUUAUAGAAAGUAGUGAUGGAUCCAUCAGACGUGGUAAAAAAUCAGGGAAGGAAUUUUGGCAACACACAAAGAAAUGGUCCCAGGGAUUUUUGGAAUCUUAUAAUGCAGAGACAGAUCCAGAAGUUAAAUCUGUUAUGAAGGAUGUUGGAAAAGAUUUAGAUCGGUGGAUUACCGAGAAAGAAGUGCAAGAAGCUGCCGAGUUAAUGGACAAGUUGCCUGAGAGGAACAAAAACUUCAUGGAAAAGAAAUUGAACAAGCUCAAAAGAGAAAUGGAAAUGUUCGGACCACAGGCUGUCGUUAGCAAGUACCGUGAGUAUGCAGAAGAAAAGGAAGAAGAUUAUUUGUGGUGGUUAGAUCUUCGCCAUGUACUUUGCAUCGAACUGUAUACGGUGCAAGAUGGAGAGCAGAGAGUAGGAUUCUAUUCCUUGGAGAUGGCUGAAGAUCUUGAACUUGAGCCAAAGCCUUGCCAUGUUAUUGCUUUUGAGGAUGCUGGUGAUUGCAAAAACUUCUGCUAUAUCAUUCAAUCUCAUCUGGAAAUGUUGGGGACUGGCCAUGCCUUUCUUGUUGCACGUCCACCUAAGGAUGCGUUUCGGGAAGCCAAAGCAAAUGGUUUCGGUGUCACAGUCAUUAGAAAAGGUGAGCUUAAGCUCAAUGUGGAUCAAACGCUGGAAGAAGUGGAGGAACAAAUCACUGAAAUCGGUAGCAAAAUGUACCAUGAUAUGAUCAUGAAGGAGCGUUCCGUAGAUAUUAGUUCUUUAAUGAAUGGUGUACUUGGUUUGAGCAACACACCAAAAAGGAGAGGAAAAUCAAAACGAAAGUUAAAGAAACUGAAGAAAAAAUGAACUAGAAGCCAUGACAUAAAAAUAAGUUGCACAUUCCCGCUGAUCGACUCCGACCAUCCGACAAUGCUGAGGGCUGGAAUGGUUGAUCCUGGACAGCAUUUUUGAUGGAAAACUCUCCUGGGUUCUCAUCUUGUUUCAUGCACUUGUGGAGGUGGAGGUACGUAAACUGAUCGGUUUCGACGGUUGCAAAAAAAUGGUUACAUUGCUUCAGCCAUCUUAUUUCAAAACAAAGAUUUUGAGAUCAAGCCUUUAGAUCAGAUCUAAAAUGUUAGUGUCAUGUCCCUGUAAGCAAAGAGAACUUGUAUUAUGAUGUUUGCCAUUGAUAAAACAGGCGUUUUAUGUCACCAUAGAGACCCUGCUAUCAUUCAGACAAUGGCAGAUAUGGUUCGAUGUUUGUGUGAUAUGCUUCAGUAGAGAAGAAUUUCGUGCUGCAUAUGCCUUCCACA